AUGUAUCUGCCUCUCACGGCCACAGCUCUCUGCGAGGCUCGAUCGCAACAGAGCACCCACUUGAGCGGCGACUCCGGUGUCAGGCGUAUCCUCGCUCCCUUCCUAGAGCUCUUACCGGCGUCCACCAACGGUGGCGUCCGCCUGUUACCGGCUGCAUGUAGCGACCCCGACAUGGCUCCGAUCAGCCAUGACCAUGAUCACGGCGGCGGCGGCGGUCACGUCCUGCCCGACGAGAUCCAAGAGGGCACCUUGCUCUUCUUCCUUUCCAACCCCCUGCUUCUCUCCCUGACGGUCGAUCAUUUGCCGCCAUCCGCCACUGUCAAGUCUGCGCAGUUUGAUAUUGACCCCAUCGAUCAAGGGGGCGAGGUAUGGCGAAACGUGCAGCUUGAUGAGAACCUGACAGAAGACGACUUCUACUCUGGGCCCCUACGUGGGAUAUUCGGGGCUCUCCGUCGACAGCAGAUUCUUCGAGAUGUGUCGACACUAAUCUUAGAUGGUCUUUCAGUGACUGCUGAGCUGGUUCACGAGAUAAUCAGCGACCCUUCAUACUCCGUCCGCAUUCUCUCCUUGCGAGAGGUGAAGAAUCUGAACGAGCCGAAGCUACGGGCAGCACUUCAGAUGGCAGUCCGUCCCAGCCGGCCGGAAGGUACGCCGCGGCUGAAGGGUCUGUACAUCUUUGGCGCUAAGGACCCGCCUUGUUUGACCGGGGAUACCGCCGCGAUUGGGAAUGGAGGCAACGCCACGGCUGCCGGAUGGAACCAGCGUUCGCACCAGGCCCUGUCUGACGUCCUACACCAGCCAAGCGACUUGUGGUAUGAUCGAAAAGGCACAGUCGUCCCACGCCCUGUUCCGACGGAGUGGGCAUCCACAAUACUAGCCUGCGCAGGAUUGAUAUCCUUCGAUGCGGUCUUGUGCAGGGGGCCCAGGCAUUUCAACUCACCUGCGUUUGGCCAAGUCAACAUUGGCCCGAGCAGUCCUCCAUCACCCCAGGUUCCCUCCAGCUGGGCAGUUGCGACGCACGCGUUGGACGGAUGCGCUGGUUGUGGGGCAGCACCGGAAGGGUGGACAGUAUGGGGCGAAUCGGCCGGCACGGACGGAGACGACGACACGUGCCGAUUCCCUCUCCUCGCACCGCCGCCGGUGCACAGCAGCAACACCAGGGUGGCUUGCUGUCCGUCAGGGGCGGACGUGAAACCAUCGCGGAGCGGCGGAUCCAACAGAACCGAACAGAGACGAUUCCUUGCCAGGUGCAUGGAGUGUCUUCGCGACCGCUAUUGCUGGGGCUGCAACAAGUGGUGGUGUGAGAAGUGCUACGUGCCCGGGCAGAUGGACUCGCACGUCGAUGGACUCUACUACAAGGUACGAGAUGGUCUCUGUGACGAGUGCGUGGGAGUAGAUGACGAGCUUUUCGGUGGCCGCCUUUCCGACACCCCACGCUCCGAGACGCUCGAAUGGCGAGGAGUUGCUGGGAAUGCGGCUAUAACUGCUCGACCUGUAUCGAUCGAACGCAGCGGCAAUGCCGCAGCUGUCGUGGCGGGUACUGUAUUAUCCACAACGAGGGCUCGACAAGCGAAAAAUGUGACUGGUGCUCGUCCCGCCGCCCUUCGCGUCGUUGAACUCAAGGAUCCGAAGAAUCGGGCCAUGUGUGCGGGCACAGAAGACAGUCAUAUUCGCCCGGGGGCAGUACUGAUCUGCCCGUAUAUGUUGCGGACCCGACAGCCCACACUUGAUAGCCGCGGGGACACAACACCCACCGAGAGUAACUCCUCGGUACCCGCGGACUUUUGGGCCACAUCACGGUGA